AUAUAUAGAAAUUUCGAAUCUGUUUACGAAUCCAGUAUUUCCCAGAAUUCCUCGCAGUAGCUUCCUUUCGACAUCGUUGAACAUUGAUUGUGGUUGGUCCUACGUUUCGUGUCAAACAGACUUAAAUCAUGCGUUACGUAGCAGCCUAUUUGCUUGCAAGUCUUGGAGGAAAUGCAAACCCCUCCGCAGCAGACCUUGAGAAGAUCAUUGGGUCUGUUGGCAUUGAGGCUGAGGCCGACAAGAUCAAAAAAAUUAUAUCUGAGCUGAAGGGAAAGAACAUUGAAGAGCUCAUCACUGCAGGAACUGCAAAGCUUGCUUCAGUACCAUCUGGUGGUGGAGCUGCCGCCGGAGGUGGAGCUGCCCCUGCUGCUGAGGAGAAGAAGGAAGAGAAAAAGGAAGAAAAGAAAGAAGAAUCCGAGGAGUCGGAUGAUGACAUGGGCUUCGGUCUCUUUGACUAACUUUUUUUAUUUCCCUCCAAAAUGAGGUCUUAAUAAAAGCAAAAAAAGCCCAG